CAACCCAUUUCUGUCUCUUCUCUCAGUUCUUUCAUCCUCCUCGUCGUCGUCUCAACUCGCCUCGUCCACCACCUUUCACCACUUGGUCAAAUUUCUCAAAACCUGAGUCUCGUAAGUAGCAUACCAUCCUUCAUCCAUAGACUCACACAUGAUACAUUUUCCAACUUUUUCCAAAAGUGAUUUGAAAUAAAAGUUGGUGCAAGAAAACCCGACUUUCUUUGGUGAGAUAUUGGCGUAAAAGUUGUCUGGUUGCAAACUAGUUGGAGUACUCAGUUUCUGGUCCAUCUACCUUUCUCCACUUGGAGGACAAUGGCGAAUUGAGGCUGAUAAAAUACAUGAGAAACUGUCACAUUAUGAAAUUUCUGCACACCUGAAUCCUGCACCAAAACGGGAAUAACCACCAGAGGAGAAAGCCAGACAGAAUUUCACUGUCGGAAAUAUAUAUCAUGUAGGAAUAAAAAGAUCAAGGGAUUGACUCUCCUCAAUUCACUCAAACUCGUCUCACUUUACCCUCAAAGUCAUCGUCAACCAACCAUCAACUAUAUGUGAACCAUUUCAAAGGUUUACCACAAUAGAUUGCAAAUAAUAAAGGAAAAUUGACAAUCGGUUCCGCCAGCUCUUCUGAUCGACGGUUGGAAGAAGACGAGAUGAAUAUGAAGGUUCCAACCCUUCCCAAGAUUUGAGGACAAACAAACAAACCCCUCAUCGUUCAAUUCGUCGUCGUCAUCAUCAAAGAGUGCAAGAGAUGGAGUUUGGAUCAAAAAAAGGUUUCGGAGGACAAGGGGGCGGAGGACCUCGGGGGAAAAGCGCGAGUGAAGGCGCCGUUAUUCCAGGUUUGGCUGGACAAGGAGGUCUCGACCAUGACGAGGAUUCACCAUCCUCUGACCGCGCCAUCGGGGACAUGGAGAGCAGCCGAUCUCCAGAUAAUGACACUGGAACCCAGUUGUCCACCAAGGGUCAAAACAGCCAGACGAGUCAUUCCGUAGGGGGCAGCGUCAUCCUCCCUCUGGCCGUCGUCGAGGAGGAGAGGGAAACUUGGGAGAAGAAGGUCGACUUUCUCCUCUCCGUUAUUGGCUUUGCUGUCGAUCUCGCCAACGUGUGGCGAUUUCCAUACCUUUGUUACAAGAACGGCGGAGGCGCGUUCCUUAUACCCUACGUGACCAUGUUGCUAAUUGGUGGGAUUCCUCUGUUCUACAUGGAGCUCGCUCUUGGACAAUACAAUCGCAAAGGGGCCAUCACUUGUUGGGGUCGGCUCGUCCCUCUUUUCAAAGGGAUUGGGUACACGGUGGCCCUCAUAGCGUUUUAUGUGGAUUUUUACUACAACGUGAUAAUUGCAUGGGCGCUGCGAUUUUUCUUCGCCUCGUUUACAACUGGCCAACUGCCCUGGACCAACUGUGGCAACCCGUGGAACACAGAAACAUGCCAACCAAUCGAAAUGCCCGGAUUGAAACCGCAGGAACAUAAUAUGAUGUCGGGACCUUUGCAACAGAAUCAUAGCACUUUGUUCAGUUCGGGAUUCACUUAUGACGACAAUUCUUCCCAAGUAAUGUCUCAGGAGAAUAAGACCGGAGCCGCGUCUGAGUAUUUCCAACGGUACAUUCUCGAACUGCAGAGCAGCGAAGGGCUCCACGACCUGGGAAGGAUAAAGCCGGACAUGGCCCUUUGUCUUCUCGCUGUGUAUGUCAUAUGCUACUUCAGCUUGUGGAAAGGCAUUUCCACGUCGGGCAAGGUUGUCUGGUUCACAGCCCUGUUUCCCUACGCCGUUCUGUUUAUUCUUCUGAUUAGAGGGAUCACUUUACCAGGCUCUUUCGAGGGGAUAAAAUAUUACUUGCGACCCGAUUUCAAAUCAAUUCUUAAGGCAGAGGUAUGGGUGGAUGCUGCAACCCAAGUUUUCUUUUCUCUUGGCCCUGGUUUCGGUGUCCUCCUCGCCUUCGCAUCAUACAACAAGUUCCACAACAAUGUUUACAAAGACGCGAUACUUACCAGUUGCAUCAACUCUAUCACCAGUUUCAUUGCCGGGUUCGUCGUGUUUUCUGUUCUGGGCUACAUGUCACACCAAAGCCAGAAGCCGAUUGACGAGGUAGCCAAGGAAGGCCCAGGCCUUGUAUUUGUCGUCUACCCCGAAGCCAUCGCCACAAUGCCCGGUUCCACUUUUUGGGCUCUUUGCUUCUUUAUGAUGCUCCUCACUCUGGGAUUGGACAGCUCCUUUGGAGGCUCCGAAGCCAUAAUCACAGCUUUGAGUGACGAGUUUCCUAUUAUUGGGGCGCAUCGGGAAAUCUUUGUCCUCUGUUUGUUCACCCUCUACUUCAUCGUCGGUCUGGCGUCCUGUUCUCAGGGGGGCUUCUAUUUCUUCAGUCUGUUGGAACGAUAUGCGGCUGGAUUCUCAAUCCUAUUCGCCGUCUUCUUUGAAGCCAUCGCCGUCUCCUGGAUUUAUGGAACUGAUCGAUUCUGCUCGGACAUUCAAGAAAUGAUUGGAACAUACCCGGGAAUUUAUUGGCGAGUUUGCUGGAAAUAUGUAGCUCCGAUAUUCAUUCUGUUUAUCAUCGUGUUUGGAUUGGUGAUCGUAAACGAGCCGCUUCAAAUCCAUGAAUAUGUAUAUCCACAAUGGGCAAAUGUUCUCGGGUGGGGAAUUACGUGUUCCAGUAUUGCUUGGAUUCCUGGGAUGGCUCUUUAUAAAUUGGCCGUUACUAAAGGAACAUUUAUGGAGCGCCUCAAGUUUCUCACCCAGAAUCAAGUCAAGCGACCCGGUCAGAAUACUUUUCCGAGUGGCAGCACAGGACUCACCCCGUGGCGUGAUCACAUGCAACAGGAUUCGAAUCUUAAUGGAAUUCAGACGGAAGCUACCCAUGUCAAAACGAACAUAAUCGGACAACCCGUUUAAAGCACAACUUUUGUUUGUGGGUAUUCUGACAUUCUGACCAAAACGACUAUCAACUAUGACGUUUUUAAACAUUGGAUUCAUUCGGUGGUGCUGGCGACUAGAUAAUAAACAUGCAUACAUAAGAUGAGAGUUUCAUUAUUGAAAAAUAUUUCGGAAUUGCAUGCCAGACUUCUUGGUAAACUUGUGAGAAAAAUGUUGUAACGGAAAUCACUGUCUAGUUUACAAUGCAAAAUUCAAUACAUAAACUUGCAACAACGACACACACAAGAACAUCGAAUAAAAAUAUAAAGUAAAUAAUAAAUAAUUUGUCUGAUAUUCAGGUGCUACAAAAUAAUCUUGACAUACAGUGACAAGUGUUUCCAUCAUCUAUGUAUUAAUAUCUGAAUCUCUUUAAGAUAUGUUUGCUAUCUGAUAAGUGAAAUUAUAAAAGUAAGAAAAUAAGUAUCUAAAAGUAAGUAUAACAAGGGGGAGUAUGUACGUAGGACGAGUUAUUAGUGUACUAAUUACUAAUUAAGUGAGUGACAUGAUAUAUACACAUAAAUGCAUACAUACUUUUAAGGGUUGACAAUGUUAAUAAUCUGUAUAAUAUUCGGGAUAAUAGUUGAUACUGCUUUCAUUGUGCUGCUAUAAAGUAAUUGAUCAAUUAUACUAAAUAUAAUAACCAUUAGAAAUUUAGAGAACAGAAAAAGAACAGUAGAUUGCAGAAGACAUGUUACCCAAGAUUUCCUCGUUUAAUUUUGUAUUGGGACAAAUGUGAAGCCAAGGCGUAACGGAAGUAGCAGCCAAUUUCGGUUACGUCUUGGUGAUGUCAUAUAUUUGUAAGCUUGCAUUCAUCUCUGAGGCAUUUUGUGCACAAACAUCGUGACAAGUUUGGAUUGAAUUUAGGAUGGGAUUGAUUCAGUGAAGAGGAUGAAAAUCUCCGAUGCAUUAUCCAUUUUCAUAAUUUAUUUUAAUAUUCUGUUAUUUUAUUAUUUUAAUUUGUAGCCAAAUUUGGAGGUAAUUUUUCAGAUUUAGUUCUUACUUGAUCAAAAAUUUAAGUUUAAUUUGGUACUUAUGUACAAAAAUCGAUAUGCUUAUUAUUGGAGUUUCUAUUAUAAGUUCAACUAUUAAACAAUCUGAGUUUGAACAUUUAGCAUUAAAUAUUCUUUAAAAUGGUUCCUUAAAAACAAAUGUUUCCCUUGAAUAAGACGUUGUAAAAUAAAAUUGUGUUGCCUA